AUGAAUCCAUUGAAUCAGCAUAGUCAGUCCUCUGGCUAUAUGGGUCUUCUUCAACGUCAACAGAGCGGUGCUCUGCAUCAAAACUCUCCUUAUGAGAGUUUUCAUUCCGAAGCUUCUGACUUCCCUCAAUUCAGUUCUCAACAAGGCGAGGCUCCAACUCCUCCUUCUGAUACACCCGUGGAGCGUGGGAAGAGACACAGAUGGAGUCCAGCGGAUGACGAACUUCUAAUCAGUGCCUGGUUAAAUACGUCUAAGGAUACAAUUGUGUCAAAUAACCAAAAGGCUGGGACGUUCUGGGAGCGAGUAGGAGAUUAUUUCUUAGCAGCACUACUUAGUAGAGAUGGUCGUCAGAGUAGUGAACAUCUCCACUAUAAACAGAGGUGGCACAAGAUCAAUGAGCAAACUAACAAGUUCUGUGGUGCAUAUGCGGCUGCGGAGAGGCAACUAAGAAGUGGUAUGAAUGAUAACGAUGUUCUUAAGGUGGCGCAUGACAUCUUCUAUUCUGAUCACCAAACGAAAUUUACACUUGAGCAUGCUUGGGGUGUGUUGAGGCAUGAACAGAAAUGGCUUAGCCUCAACACCACUAAAGCUUCUGCAAGUUCAAAGAGGAAACCCGUUGAAACAGACUCCCAAACUUCCACAAUCAAUGUUGGUGAUGAAGAGGUACGACCAGAAGGGGUAAAGGCAGCAAAAGCGAAGAGAAGUAAUGCAAAGGGGAAGUCUGUUGCUGAUAUAACCACGGUCUGGGAGAUGAGAAAGGACGAUUUGGACAGGAAAGAGAAACUGUCAAAGCUUGCAAUCUUAGACACUCUCCUUGCGAAAACCCAACCACUAACUGCGGCUGAAGAAGAAGCCAAGAACAAGCUGCUCGCGCAAUAUAUCUAG